AUGGUCCAACGUCCUACCCGGCUAGCCGCCCAACGUGCCAAUGCUAAUAUCCAGCAACAAGCGCUCGCUAGUCCUUAUGUUACCCAGGAGAUGACGCGUGUUUUGCCGACCUUCCAGGUCCGGGAUCGUUACGAGACCGUGAUUGUGGACGGUAAUUACUCCCCUAAUGAGGACUUGGCUUACAGGAGUGCAUAUGUCUACGAGACCAGCAACUAUCCGACGUCCUAUUACCAGGUGAGUACUCUGUUUUCAUUAUAUUGUUAUUGACUGGACCCAAUUAGCCAUAUAUUACCUUUCUUGGGACUUACUCGGCCUAUCGUUUCAUAUUUUCUAACGGAAACAUCUGGUGCGUCCCUGCAUUCCUUUACAUCUCAGAUUGUAGGACUUUAUCUUAGGGGUUGCCAUAACUACGAGCUCGGAUUUCCCUCCGGUUUUGUUUAGUUGGCUAUCAAAUCUCUUGGAAUUACAUGGCCCAUCAACCGAAGAGCCCGCUCCUCACCGUCGUAUCUUGGGAUAAGGAUGGGCGAUGUUAUUAUGUCCCGUCUGACGCCUAUCUCCCCGAAGCUGUAGGUAUCCCGAGGGUGAAUGGGACUUCCGGUUUGGCCAUGUUGUCCAGUUCCGGCCAAAUUUUCGAAAUCUGAAUGCAGGUCUAAUGCCUUGGCUACUUUCUUAAUCUUUAAGAGGGCUGUAUAAAACACGCAAAACAAUCUUGUUCUUUUUCUUUAUCUGCAAUAAACUUUUUUUAGCAUUAUCAACCGGUGCAAUCGCCUCUCUCCCAGAAUGGAUAUGUCAUCAAUACUCAGCAAAACUCCCCUCUUUCCAGUAAUGAGGAAAACGUCGGCUCUCUUGGCCAUACGGCCCGAACUCCACGCGCUACGGUAAGGCCGAAAAAGAGAAAACUUGAAAAGUAACUCGAAGAGACGGUAGAAAACAAAACAAAUAAUUUUAUUCGAAUUUUAGCUGGAAUGGCUAAACGAGCAUUACGAACAAUGGGAGGGAUCUUCUCUGCCGAGAUGCACUUUGUAUGAGCAUUAUUUGAAGUGAGUUAAAAUCUAUUGAUAACCAUUGUUUUUUAAUACAAAGUCAAGUGCUUCUUUUAGACAUUGCCGUGAUUCGGGAUUGGAUCCAGUAAAUGCUGCCUCGUUUGGAAAACUGAUAAGAUCAGUGUUUAAAGGCCUGAGGACACGGAGGUUGGGGACUCGAGGCAAUUCAAAAUAUCAUUACAAUGGGAUCAGAAUCAAGUUAACCAGUCCUUUGAACGAUCAGGUGUCUGCGGAAGAAUACAACAGGAUGCAUCCAAACAAUGGCCAUCCCCGGGCUCCGUAAGUUGUAUAAUUAAUGAGUAAUUAAUUAUUUUUAGACGCAGACAUACAAAUGCAGCCUCCAGCAAUCGCUCUUCUUCCUCAGCCUCCAGUAGUAGUUAUCAGCACAAGUAAGUCGACCAUUAGAGACUACUUGUUUUACAAGAUUGUUAUUCCUUGGGAACCUUUUCUAUUCCCAUUCCCUUCCCUUUUCGGAUUACGGUAGCUUCUUUGUUUCUCUCCCCCCAACAACAUUUCCAUUUCCUUCGCGCACUUAUGGGUUUUCUCUUUUCUCCAAGACGUAUUUGGGGCUCCCUUAACCCUCAAUUAGAGUUAGGGUGCACACCUGGUUAUUCACGGAACAUUUGGCUUAAUAAAGUCUCUCGGGGAUUAUGGCCCCAACCCCGUUUUUAAUGUCUUUUCUCUUCAGGAUCGAGCAAUCCGCUUUCAAUGGACGAACUCAAUACUCCAAUGAAAUGGCUUAUGAUCCCUUGACCAUCGCCCAACAAGAAGCAGACUUGAUGAGACCGGUGACUCCUCCACCCAUCCAAGAGACAGAAGAUAAUGUACCCAAAGAUCAUUAUGAAGUGGGGGAUGGGGAAGUCCCAAUUGUAACAUUAGAGGACUUGGAGGGACUUCAACCAGCUCUGAGUUCCAUCAAUAUGACAACGGAGAAUGUGCAGAGAUUCGUGGAGAUGUAUACGCAAAAUUGUGCCUCCUUUUUGGGAGCUAUGAAAGAAUUGGGAUUCAGCCAAGUCGAGAGAAUCUGGAGUGAGUUCUGGAAUGCCGAUCAGGAAAACAAAAGGUACAUAGAUUAGUGUUUAAAGACGCGCACAUUGUAAACAAACUUAACACAUGUGUUUAGCCAAAAUCCAUUAACCAGAGAAGAAAUCCGGCGUCUUUGCACUCUCCCCCAGAUCGUCAAGUUCAUCUACAAUAUGGAUGUGGCUGUUUUUCAAGUGGCCUUUGACAUUCUUAUCCCUAGUGUUCUCUCGCCAUGCUUUAAAUGUAAGGGGAUCCAUUAAGAUAUGAUGAUUUGUAGAUCUUUAUGAGGAAUUCCGGAUGUUUAAUGCAAAUGUGGGCUCGAGCAUGAAGAAAGUUCUUGUCGAUGUCCCAGCACCUAUUCAACAGGUUAAGCAGAAGGCGUGCGGUCUUUUAACAUAUGCCCUUAAACGCCACAUGUGGAUCAAUCACUUUGCAACGUCGGCCCGAGAACAAGUCUUAAAUGAACCCCAGACAGUCCAGUUGAUGUACAAAGAAUUCUGUAAGAUCGAAUUAGCCCCUGAGGCAGCAUGGGUCACACAAUGUGAUCCCGAUCUGGUCAGGACAAUUGUCAGCGACUUCAAGGAGAAGCUGCUUAAUCACAGUUCCAUGGAAGAAUGGGCCCAAUGGAUUGAAAAGGUCCUUGAUCAAGUGAUGGCCAAGUAUCAUGAUAAACAGCCGGAAGUCCAAGUGAAAGUGGCCAAGAAGUUCAUGCUGCGAUGGAGUUUCUACACAGAUGCUUUGAUCAGAGAUCUCACUUUGAAAGGGGCCAAAUCUUUCGGUUCUUUUCAUCUGAUUCGUCAUCUUUAUGGGGAAUAUAUGUUGCAUCUGAUUGUGGUCCGAAUGGCGAAACUUUUAAACCAGCCCAUGAUUUCUUUGUAUGGAGGAGUCUUUAAUGAGUCUAUGGAAACUUCUUGGAAUGAUGAUCUCUAUGACUGUGAUUCCAUCCCAAUGGAUGCAGCGGACUUUAAUAAAUGUGAUCUGGCACAUCGAGACGUGAAUACGGUAAGUGAGGCAGGCUACUUUCGGUUACCUCAAUUUAGGAUUCAAUGGCAUGCCAAGACCACAACGCUUUCUACCGUUCAUUUGAUGAUGAGAACAGCGAGAUAAAUGUUGUUUAUAUUCAGGAAGAGGUGAUGUGUCCAGGUCCCGAGAUGGAUAUCGAACACGGAUCUCCUUCUCAAUUCAUCGAUGUCGAGAAUCCCGCGUCUUCGGAAGACACGAAUGAGACCAAGGAGAAUAACAAUGUCCAUCUGGCCCAUUUAUAA